AUGGUCCUUCUGGAUACUCCUAGGGAUCUCUACGCUAAGCGGGACUUGCUCCACAGAGGUCUGUUCUUCUGGAACUCCUUUACCCUCGAUAGGAUCCGAGAUGCCGUGGAGCUCCAUCGAUCAUGCGGCAUCCUCCGACCCUUGCAUUUGUCGGACGCAGACGAGCCGCGCUCCAAAGCCGUUCCUGCUCAAAGGGAGAGGGUUAGGCCUCAGAAGGAUAAGGGGAUUGCUUUCAGGAGUGUCUCGGAAGAUCCUCCGAUCCCUGGAUGGGAAACGGGCAUCGGGAGAGAGGUGGUCGCGGAAGGCUCUCGGUUGAUCAACGAGGUGGCGGAGCGAGACCAUGCACAGACUGAAUCCCAUUCUCGUGCUCUUGUCUGUGCGGAGAGGAGAGUGAGGAGGAAGGCUGCCACCGAACUGGCAAGGAGAGCCGCCUUGUUCAACAACGAGUUCCAAGGUCUUAAGGAAGCUCAUGAGGACAUGGGUGACUUCCGCGAGUGCCGUGGUUCAGUCGCUUCCCUCUUGAAGUCGCAGGACGCCGACUUCUCCUUUCUUCCUGAGAUUGCCAUCAUGUCAGGCCUUAUGGAUGGGGGUGUUCAUGCUGAGUCACGGGUUCCUCCGAUCGAGGGGAGGAUCCGAUAG